AUGAACGGUGGCUCAGCUAAAGGCGUCAAGUUUGUCGGCUCCGACGCUUCGGGGCUUCCUCUCAAGCGGAAGCAGGUCCAGCAAGCCUGUGAAUCAUGUCGCAAAAAGAAGAAACGUUGCAUCCACGCCGAGGUUGCACCGGUAGAGCUCGCGCACGCAAAUGCGCAUGAUGGGCCUGCAGGAUCCUCGCCGGCCAAAGACGUACACCUGGUCUCAUCCACCGGCUCACCCACCAAGCACCGCAACUCAACGGCGGCACCUGAUGAUGGUGCGCUGUCCAAAUCGCCCUCCCGCCGCGAAUCGGCCACGGCAGGCCAGCCGGAUCAUGCGCAGACUCCUCAAACACGGUUCGUGGGCGACCUCAACCCUGAGGGCAUGUUCACCGAAGCCGCCGAUCCGGCGGCGGCGGCGGACCCUAUUCAAAAGGCAGAGGUGGGUGUAUGGCUUCCGUCCGUGAACGCGACAUCCGCCCAGUCGACUGCCAGCGUCGUGUCGCGCCCACCAGCCAUGAUCGACAAGGUGUUGCUGCCCUUCGUCAAGGAGACUUGCCUCAAGUGCGUGCCGCCAGAGAAGGAUUUCAGACACCUGCACAGGGUGUAUCGAGAGAAGAUUCACCCCAUCUUCGCACUGGUCCCGGAAGACGUCUUGGAUGAUGGCGAUUCUCCAGCCGCCAUUGUCAUGCGCCAGGUCGUCUCUCUGGCAGCUGCCGCCGACCCUGAGAUGAAGAGCCAUCUGCGCCUCGCCAACCAUGGCAACAAGAAGCUGUCUUACCAAGACUUCUCGCAGAUGCUGUCGGGGUCCGUCCAAACCAUCCUGGAGACGAGCCUGAUUUCGGACCGGACAGUGCAUAUUCGCGCCCUUUGCAUGCUGUCGCUAUACGUUCAACCUUCGAGCGCCGACGAGGCGGAUUUGCCCGCUCGACUGGGUGCCAGGGCAGCCCACCACUCUCAGACCCUCGGCUUGCAUCUUUUCCACUCCAGUGACGAUACGCUAGAUACACUGUUUUGUGCCGUGUGGGCUCUCGACCGUAUCAACGCCGCAUCGUACGGAAGACCCUGCGUCCUGCACGAGGGAGACAUCGGGCCCGGUCUCGAUGACUGCUUUCGUAGGCAAGCGCCGUGCCUCCGACUCUUUUUGUCGGUUGUGCAGUGGCUGGACAAGGUAAUUGAGCUGUACAGGCCAGGCGUCAUCGCCCAGUCUCUUGAAAGCAAGCCGUUUAUUGACCUGCCGGUGCUGGAGCCUAUGAUUCUGGAAGCCGAGGCCUUGCAGGUUUCCACGCCGCUCCUCGCGACCAUCGAAGUCUUUUACCACGCCGUCAUCAUCCUAUCGUGCCGUCUGUCUAGGCCUGGCCCGCCAGCGCAGUACGCCUCGUCCAUCCCACCUGCUUCGGCAAACGCCCGUCGCUCCCUGGCUGCCGAGCGCAUAUCUUCAGCCAUCCGUCGGGAUCACCUGAGCCCCGUGCCUCUCGUCCCCUACGCCCUCUCCCUCGCGCUGAGCGUCGAAUACAGGAAGAUGCGGCACAGCGCGCUGCCCAUGUUUCGGGCCCGCGCCCGCAGUGCCUUCAAGUCCAACUCGGAGCUGAUGAAACGCUUCGGCGACGUGUACUGGAGCGCGAGGGUGGUCGCCGGGCUGGGUGAGCGCAUCCUGAGAGAGAUGGAGCGGGCGGCCAACUCGAUUGCCCAGGGAGCAGCAGGGCCACUUGCGACGUCGUCCAUCACGGACGUUCCCACGACCGCAAGGACCGAGGAGGUUGCCUCUGUGGCUGCAGCGCCGGAUGCAGUAUCGCAGGCCGCAGCAGUGCCGGCAGUAACGGCCUCGACGACCGACUUCCCGCCGCUGGACGCCAUUGAUUUCUCGGCCGUCGAUGCUAUGCCGCAUCUGGACGUGUUUGGCCAUUUCGACCCGAGUUUCAACUUGCCGGCGGUGGACAAUGCGCUGGAAGCUAACCUAGACAUCGGGCUUCCGCUGAACUGGGGCGAAUGGGAUCACUUUGCCAGCUGA